AUGACCAUUCACGAAUCCUUCCUCACUGUCUUGCUUCCUACAUCUCCAUUUAUUCUUGCCUAUGCCAUCCCCAUGCUACUUCUCUCCCUCCUCCUGACCCUCGCUGGCGCAUUCCUAACCCUCGAUCGCACACGGUCCUUUCCUGUUGAGCGUUAUGGUGUCCUGCCCGGCGCAUUCGAACAGAGAAAGCGCAUCCACUUUCUGUUGGAAGGUGGUGUCGGUGGACUUGCUGCAGGUUAUGCCUUUGGAGUGCACUUAUCGACGUUCCUCAGUUUACUCGUUCCGGCGAUAUCCUCAUCUUCCUCCCUCAGCCCUAGGUCUUUCGUGCCUAUUUGGCUACUUUCCGGUCUAAUCACGACAUUUUUGGCCGGUCGAUGGAGAUAUUGCGCACUCACCUUCAUUGGGUUGUCCGGCGGGGCUGCCUUCUCUCUCGGGGUUUCUGUCGUUAUACAUCCUUCGCUACUGGCUCGAAUCAUCAUUACCGCCAUCUUCGUUCCCACCUCAACUCUGUUCGUUCUCCUUCCAAUCCCCAAGAUUCAGCGCUCUGCAGUCCGUUUUGGCGCUUCUGUGACGGGUGCCUUCGGUGUCGUUCUCUCGAUAGCAUUACUCGCAAAUAUACCAUCAUGGGCUAAUGUCUGGGAUCGCCUAUGGGAGGCUCAAGACGAGACUGGGACCUGGGGAACGACCAAAGAGAAGGGCCUCAGUGCAGGCUUCUUCCUUUUCCUUACCGCCGGCAUUGUUUGUGACUUCUUUUUACGGCGCACUUUCGGAGAAUGCCCAGACGAGAAAUGGGACAGUUAUCUUGCAACGUAUGCGUCAAAUUUACCCAACGCCGCUGACCGUGCUGGUACAUUCGUUCCCGUCAAAUCUUUCUGGGAUCGUGUGCUCGGCAGUUCUCCCGCCACCAAGCCUCCCAGGGACAUAGUCUUUCCUGAUGAUGACGCAGACGAUGUCAAGUUGACGCCAGGAAAGGGUUCAGAGUCUUUUGAGUUCCAACAAAGUCCUGCUUUCCUCAAGAAGGGGAGGUCAGUGGGUCAUACACGCUUCAAGGCACGCAUGUCUAGCAAAAAGCGUGAUGGGGUUAAAUUCAAGCCUGUUGGAGAUUCCUACUCUGACGACGACGACGACGAUCCGCUUAACUCGCCGCCCUUAAGUCCAACUAGCAAAGUCCCGCGACCAUGGCUACGCCAGAAGACAUCUAUUGCCUCCACAACGCCCACACUCGUUGAUGACCUUUCGCCCAAAGGGGGGAAACUGGAUUUUGACAGGGAAGUCAAAAAGGUUCGGGAGGGGAAAAAGCUGAGGGACGGAGAAGCGCCAGAGUACUCUGACUUCGAAGAUGAUGUGACAAAUAUGGGAGGUAAACAUAGCGGAGAAGAGUGGAAACCAGGUUUCCUCAAGCGGCACACAUCCGGUGCCAACUCCACAUCAAGCACAUCUCAGCAAACAAUAGUCAAGUCAAAAUCUCCUCCAUUGGGGGCUGUACCUGCAACCCCGUCGCUGAUCAAAGCGUUGGACCGGAUAGCAGUCGCACAGAAAGAUGCGUUCAGCCAGCCGCCCUCGCCUGAGGAGAAAGGUGCACGAUGGGAUGAAUUCUGGAAGGAUGUCCGGGACAAGGCACGAUGA